AUGGUAGCUAAGGAUGAUGAAAUGUUUUGGCCUUUUGCCACGGAUGGGCUCUAUGACACUAAAUCCGGUUAUGGUUUCAUUAGACAGCAAAAGGUGGCCCGUACAACUUCUUCUUCUAGUGGUGCACAGGUUCCUAUUAGUUUUUGGAAGGCUCUAUGGAAGGUAGUGUGGCGUGUGGUUAGAGGAAUCCUCCCCGUCCGGAAACCACUGAGGGUGAGAGGUAUUGAUAUUGAGGAGGUGUGCCCUUUCUGUCAGGUGGAAGAUGAAUCGAUUGACCAUCUUAUGGUGAGGUGCAUGGUGGUGGUACGAUGGUGGUUUGUGAUCAUGGGAGGCUUGCGAGUGAAUUCUUUUUCUACUGUCCAGGAAUUAUUGCAACAGGUCUUUGAGCUCAAUGAUCCAGCUUUGGCAGAAAAGUGUGUGAAUUUUAUGUGGGUAAUUUGGGAAGCACGCAACAAGCUAGUGUUUCAUGGUAUGCAGGUCGUUCUCGACACAUUGGUGGCACGUCUACAGGUGGUAGAAGCUCCUCAUCGCAUGAGUCCGGUGCCAUAG